GAGUGGCAGCUUCCGACCAGUGGUCGCGCUUCCGGAGAGGCGUUUCCGGUGGUGGCGGCAGCCGCGACUGUGGUGGUUCCGGGUGUCUUUGUCCCCCCGGUGUCGCGGCCCUGGCCCGCAGGCUUUUCCCCACGAGGCUGAAAGAGGACAGCAUUCCCAAUGUCCCAGUUUAAGCGUCAACGGAUCAACCCGCUUCCCGGGGGCCGCAACUUCUCAGGCGCAAACUCUACGUCUCUUCUGGGUCCUCCUCCUGGUUUGCUUACUCCUCCUAUGGCCACAGACCUCUCCCAAAAUGCCAGGCACCUUCAGGGUGGGGAAAAGCAGCGGGUGUUCACUGGCAUUGUUACCAGCUUGCAUGACUACUUUGGGGUGGUAGAUGAAGAGGUCUUUUUUCAGCUAAGUGUGGUGAAGGGCCGACUGCCCCAGCUGGGUGAGAAGGUGCUUGUGAAGGCUGCAUACAACCCAGGCCAGGCAGUGCCCUGGAAUGCUGUGAAGGUGCAAACGCUCUCCAACCAGCCCUUACUGAAGUCCCCAGCACCUCCUCUUCUGCAUGUGGCAGCUCUGGGCCAGAAACAAGGGAUCCUGGGAGCUCAGCCCCAGUUGAUCUUCCAGCCUCACCGGAUCCCCCCACUUUUCCCUCAGAAGCCUCUGAGUCUCUUCCAGACAUCCCACACACUUCACUUGAGCCACCUGAACAGAUUUCCAGCUCGAGGUCCUCAUGGACGACUGGAUCAGGGCCGAAGCGAUGACUACGACUCCAAGAAACGCAAGCAGCGGGCUUGGGGAGAGCCUUGGGGUGCUAAGAAGCCCAGGCAUGAUCUGCCUCCAUACCGGGUCCACCUCACCCCCUAUUCUGUGGACAGCCCCAUCUGUGACUUCCUAGAACUCCAACGCCGUUACCGCAGCCUUCUGGUUCCCUCGGAUUUUCUGUCUGUGCACCUCAGCUGGCUGUCGGCCUUCCCACUGAGCCAGCCCUUUUCCCUCCACCACCCCAGCCGGAUCCAGGUCUCUUCGGAGAAGGAGGCAGCUCCAGACUCUGGUGCUGAGCCUAGUUCUGUGGGCAGCGACCCCACUUACAGUUCCAAGGUACUGCUGCUCUCCUCCCCGGGCUUGGAGGAGCUGUACCGCUGCUGCAUGCUCUUUGUGGAUGAUAUGGCUGAGCCAAAGGAGGCGCCAGAGCAUCCUCUGAAGCAGUUAAAGUUUUUGCUGGGCCGCAAGGAAGAAGAGGCAGUGCUGGUUGGGGGUGAGUGGUCUCCUUCCCUGGAUGGCCUUGAUCCCCAGGCUGACCCACAGGUGCUGGUGCGAACAGCCAUCCGCUGUGUGCAAGCCCAGACCGGCAUCGACUUGAGCACUUGCACCAAGUGGUGGCGCUUUGCAGAGUUUCAGUAUCUGCAGCCGGGGCCGCCGAGGCGGCUGCAUACAGUAGUGAUCUACCUGCCAGACAUCUGGACCAUCAUGCCCACCUUGGAGGAGUGGGAAGCCCUGUGCCAGCAGAAGGCCACAGAGGCAGAUCCCCCACCCCAGGACGCGCCCAGUGAAGCCGAGUCUACAGAACAGGCUUCUGAUGUGGUGGAACAGGCAGCAGCAGCAGACACUUCUAAACGGAAUGCAGACACCCCCGAGGCCACCGCUCAGCAGGAAGUGGACACUGAUCUCCCAGAAGCCCCUCCACCUCCUCUAGAACCUGCUGUCAUGGCACAGCCUGGCUGUGUAAGCCUGUCACUCCACGCAAUUGUGGAGGAUCGGAGGCCAAAAGAAAGGAUCUCUUUUGAGGUGCUGGUGCUGGCGGAGCUGUUUCUGGAGAUGCUACAGAGGGAUUUUGGCUAUAGAAUCUAUAAGAUGCUGUUGAGCCUUCCUGAGAAGGUCGUGUCUCCCCCUGAAACUGAGAAGGAGGAAGCAGCCAAGGAAGAAGCAGUCAAAGAGGAGGAGGCCACCAAAGAAGAGGUGGCCAAGGAGUCCAAGGAUGAGGUACAGAAUGAGGGCACAGCUGCUGAGUCAGACACCCCGCUGAAGGAGGAUGGGCUUCUGCCCAAACCACCCUCUUCUGGGGGAGAGGAGGAAGAGAAGCCACGGGCUGAGGCAGCCGAGGACCUAUGUGAGAUGGCCCUGGAUCCAGACUUGCUGCUUUUGAGGGAUGAUGGAGAGGAAGAGUUCGCAGGAACAAAGUUGGAGGACUCAGAGGUUCGGUCUGUGGCCUCAAACCAGUCAGAGAUGGAGUUCUCCUCCCUUCAGGACAUGCCAAAGGAGCUGGAUCCCUCGGCUGUGCUCCCCUUGGACUGUCUUCUGGCUUUUGUGUUCUUCGAUGCCAACUGGUGUGGCUACUUGCACCGGCGAGACUUGGAACGGGUCCUCCUCACACUGGGGCUCCAGCUCAGUGCUGAGCAGGCCAAGCAGCUGGUCAGCAGGGUGGUAACGCAGAACAUUUGCCAGUACCGGAGCCUGCAGUACAGCCGCUCAGAAGCGUUGGACGGUGGGCUUCCUGAGGAUGUGCUCUUUGGAAACCUGGACCUAGUGCCUCCUGGAAAGAGUGCAAAGCCAGGGGCUGCCCCCAUGGAGCAUAAAGGCUUGGUGCCCCACAACGGCAGCCUCAUCAAUGUGGGGAGCCUGCUGCAGCGCGCAGAGCAGCAGGACAGCAGCCGCCUCUAUCUAGAGAACAAGAUCCACACACUGGAACUGAAGCUGGAGGAGAGCUAUAACCGCUUCUCAGCCACAGAAGUGACAAAUAAGACACUGGCAGCAGAGAUGCAGGAGCUGCGGGCCCGGCUGGCAGAGACUGAGGAGAUGGCUCGGGUAGCUGAAAAGCAGAAGAACCAGCUUCAGCGGCUGCUGCAAGACUUUCGGAGGCGUUUGACCCCGCUGCAGCUUGAGGUGCAGCGGAUGGUGGAGAAGGCUGACAGCUGGGUAGAGAAGGAGGAGCCAGCGCCUAGCAACUGAGGGGCUUCGCCGAGGAGCGGCCGUCCUGAGAGGUCAGCGAUGGAGCCUGAUGACAUUAGAGCCCCUUUGGUACCAGCAGUGCUGGAGCGGGGCCUGGAGGCCAUAGGCAGGGGAGGCUGAGUCCUGUGCUCAGCCUCUGCAGGGGAUGUCAAGCCAUCGGGUAGGGUCCAUGCUAUUUAAAUGGACGUGAGAGGAACUCCAGUUCCAGCUACAACUAAAUACAACAUCUAUUUGCACCCCUAGAAUGUCAUUUUGCCCUCAACCUUGGAAUUCCUCCCAGGGCCCUUGUAGUCUUGUGCUGUCUCCUGUCCUCUUCCAGUUUAGAGUAAGACGGGAGGAAAAGGCUUUUCAAGCCUGUAACAAGGUCUGAUGCCAAUAAACUGCAGGAGCAGACAUCUGGCAGGGGGGCUGAGAAAUCCCUCCUCUGGUUGGCGGCAAAUCCUGGAGGUUCCAGGUGCCGAUUCCUGGGGUGGGCUCUGGUGGCCCCUGUGAGAACGGAGCCCGUGCU